AUGCGGGUGGCGGCGGAGCCGGGGGCGCGCCCGGGCGCGGCGGCAGCGACAGCCCCGGCGGGCAGCGGCUCGUGGCUGCUGGCGCUGGCGGCGCCGCUGGCGCUGCUGCUGGCGCUGGUGGUGCGGCAGCUGCUGAAGCAGCGGCGGCCGCCCGGCUUCCCGCCCGGCCCCGCGGGGCUGCCGCUGCUCGGCAACAUCCCCGCGCUGGGCGCCGAGCAGCCGCACGUCUACCUGCGGCGGCAGAGCCUCAUCCACGGGCAGAUCUUCAGCCUUGACCUGGGGGGAAUAUCUGCCGUUGUGCUGAAUGGCUACGAUGCAGUGAAGGAAUGCCUUGUCCACCAAAGUGAAAUUUUUGCAGACAGGCCGUCUCUUCCCUUGUUCAAGAAACUGACAAACAUGGGAGGCUUACUGAACAGUAAAUAUGGCAGAGGAUGGACAGAACACCGCAAAUUAGCUGUAAAUACCUUUCGAGUUUUUGGAUAUGGCCAAAAGUCCUUUGAACACAAAAUUUCAGAAGAAUCUCUGUUUUUUCUUGAGGCCAUUGAUACAUACAAAGGCAGACCCCUUGACCUUAAGCACUUGAUAACAAAUGCUGUUUCAAACAUUACUAAUUUGAUUAUUUUUGGAGAACGUUUCACAUAUGAAGAUACUGAAUUUCAGCACAUGAUUGAGAUUUUUAGUGAAAACAUUGAAUUAGCUGCUAGUGCUUCUGUAUUUUUAUAUAAUGCUUUUCCUUGGAUUGGUAUCUUGCCAUUUGGGAAACACCAGCAGCUGUUCAAAAAUGCAGCUGAAGUCUAUGAGUUUCUUCAUGAGCUUAUUGAACGUGUCUCUGAAAAUAGGAAGCCUCAGUCACCUCGACAUUUCGUAGAUGCAUAUUUAGAUGAGAUGGAUUGCAAUGGAAAUGACCCAGAAUCUACAUAUUCAAGAGAAAAUUUAAUUUUCUCCGUUGGAGAACUCAUCAUAGCUGGGACAGAAACCACAACAAAUGUUUUAAGAUGGGCAGUGUUAUUUAUGGCUCUUUAUCCAAACAUUCAAGGGCAAGUUCAGAAAGAAAUUGAUGUUGUCAUUGGUCCAAACAAAAUGCCCACCCUGGAGGAGAAGUGCAAGAUGCCCUACACUGAGGCUGUUCUGCACGAGGUGCUGAGGUUCUGUAACAUUGUCCCACUGGGGAUUUUCCAUGCAACUUCCAAGGACACUGUUGUGCGUGGGUACACCAUUCCUGGAGGCACCACAGUCAUUACCAACCUCUACUCUGUUCACUUUGAUGAAAAAUACUGGAGCAAUCCAGAAGUGUUUUUUCCUGAGAGGUUUUUGGACAGUAAUGGGCAGUUUAUCAAGAAAGAUGCGUUUAUUCCUUUUUCCCUAGGAAGGAGACACUGCCUUGGAGAACAGCUGGCUCGAAUGGAGAUGUUUAUUUUUUUCACCUCGUUGCUGCAGAGGUUCCACCUGCACUUCCCCCACGGAGUGAUCCCGGAGCUGAAGCCCAGGCUGGGGAUGACCCUGCAGCCGCAGCCGUACCUGGUGUGCGCCCAGAGGCGCUGAGGGGCAGCCCAGGAUCCAUUUUGUCUACUCCUAAACCUGUUCAAGCCAGAAUAACAACAAUUUAAAGGACUGUUAGUUUCUUUUUACUUGGUUUUUACAUGAAAAAAAAAAAAAAAAAAAAAAACUGAACCAAAGGUGUGGAACACAUCCUGAUGUUUUCACUCCAGAAGACUGUGUUGACUCUAACUUCUGAUACAGUUUUUAAAUAUUUAAUUACUUAGCAAGCCAUUGUACUUUGAGAGGGUAUUUUCAUAAGCGUGGAGAAUAUGGUUGAAAAUGUUUAUGCUUGAAUUCAUCCAUGGAAAUAUAAUAUACAUUAUUCCAGCUAAGCCAUUCUUUGUAAUUAUCCAUUAAAUUUUCAUAGCUAAAGGGAUUUUAAAAGGUAUCUAUUUAAAUACCUGAAACCAAGAAUAAAAUAUA